AUGCCUUGUUUUAAGGGACUUGCGGUCAGCAUUCAUACGCCUAAUGGGCCCCUUGCAGAAUACUCAGUUCAGCGCCAUUCUCGUGCCUCUCGAAUUGCCUGCUACAUCCCAGUACCGCCUCCUAAAAUACCUAACCCAGCUACCGGGAAGCCGGAACAGUCGACUUUCGCCAUAUCUAUCACCCUCCUCACACCCGGUCUGACUGUCCCUUACUCCGCCCCAAAAGUAACUCCGGAAAACCCUUAUCCAAAACCGAAGAUCGUGGGGGGGCUUCCGGAUCAGCCUAGUGCUGCUUCGUCUAUAGGGCCAUACCAACCCAUGACAGCUUCUCCACGGGAAACAGUUGCGGCAUAUAUUUAUUUCGAUGGCAGACAGAAAGAGGAAGUGGCCACGUUAUUGAGGAGGGGCGAGGAAACAUGGGUCAAUUCUAGGUGGGUGGGCGUUCCGCAGUCUGAAGGCGGUGGGCUUGCCGAACGAGAAUUCCUGUUUCGUGAAGUUGGGUUGGAACGGUGGCUGAAUGGGUUAGACCUCGAGGGGAAGGAUGCUGCGCAGAAGAUCGAACGAAGACGUCAAAAGAUGGAGAAACGAAGGCGGAAAAGAGAGCUCCAGCAACGCGAGGAGAAUACCGCUAAGUCUGCAAUACCUGAUACUGAUGAAGGGAUGGAUAUAGAUGAUAAGAAGCCAAAACUUCAACGUGAGAAGGGUGUCCUUCGAUAUGGAGCGAACGAGCAGUCACCAGUUGAGCAACUGUCGGACGAUGCGGAUAUAUUAUCAUCAGAUUCGGAUCUGGAUGAUGAUGACCCUAUCCCAGAAACCGCGGGUCAGAUCAAGGUAGCCUUAUUCCGGGUCUUAGCCUCUGGAGAGAUCAAACGCGGAGAGUAUUCUCCUCAAUUUGAUGCCCACGACGACGACGAAGAUGCGCAUGGCCAGGGCCGUGAAUCAAAUGGAAACGGCAACUCUGCAGAUGUAGACCAUACUACCAGCUUUGCAAAACCGAAAUCGCUAGAUCCCAAGUCCAUCAGCACCCAGACCGUAACCGGAAUUGAUCCUACCGACAAGCCCUAUGCCGUCUUUACAUUCAUGUAUAGGGGUGAACGUCAAUUGCAGAAAAUGGGGAUAUUAAAGGAUCCUAAGUCUCAAGACAAGGAAUCACUAAAGUCCGCUCGUCGAAAGUCUACACAGCCUGAUUUCGCGAAUAUCAAACCGCUAAAGCCUGGUGGCACCACCGGUUUUAUAGGGUUUCGAGAUCGCGAUAAUGAGGUGAAGAUUGGGAAACGAAAAGGCCCUAAUGGAAGCGAGCCUGACAGUGAUGAGGAUGAUGACGACGAAGGCGUCUCCGUUUCCAUUGUUGGAAAAGCAGAGGACGAAGAAGAGAAGGAGACCAACUCUCUUCUGUCUCCCGAUGAUGCCAAGAGGCAAGCCGGUAAUGCAGAUCCCGCCAGGGUCUCUAAAUCGAGCACUCCCGGAUCAAGGCUUUCCCCGCCAGUAUCAACAAGCCAUGACUCCACACCCCCUCGUAGUAGCCUGCCCAAGGAGACCAGUAUGAAUCUACUCGACAAUGAUGCAUAUGUCGGCAGCCCACUAAAGAAGCAGAGGGCAAGCAUAUCGGCAGCCAACGACGAUGUACUUCGUCAAGGAGCAGUCACGGGGCUAUCAUCUAAGAUUCACGAGAUUAUGGAUACAGCACCGGCCACAUCUGCCGGUGAAGGCGAAAACAGCCAUGGCAGCAUGAACAAUAGCAGUACAAGAACCGCCACCGAUAACAACGGCCUUCGCGGGUCCCUGUUAUCGGAGGGUCGAAUGCAGUCCGACAUAAAGGUACCCGGGGUAGAUGAGGAGUUGUAG